AUGUCUGCUCAUACGUCGACGAAAAAUGUGUGCGUGAACCAAAAUUUGAGAUACUCAGAGUGCGACCUUAUGGACCGCACGACACACGGAUACCAAGUGCGUGUCUGUGAAGGGUGUGAGCUUGCUGUCCAUGAGAAGUGCUACGCUAUUGCACCACUGACUACAGAGGAGGAAGUGCAAAGCAGUGAGAUAGAACAACAAAACGAAGACAUGAAGAGUUCUGAAUGGUUGUGUGAUUGCUGUCGACGAGGAGUUCAACGACAGAUGAUCAAGUGUGUGUACUGUGAGAAAACGGCAGGUGUUACAGCUUUUAAAGUUGUCGAUACUGGUGACGCUGCUUUUUGGAGUCUAUUUGCUGGAUUUCAAGACGAGAAAAAGCCUACAAUUGAAAACGAGGUGCAAUUUGGACAUGUGCUUUGUAUCAAGUGGGAUCCACGUCGAUUGGCUGUGCACACUAUCAAAGAAAGCAAGAUUCAAGCUGCUAUGAUGGUGUCGAAGAAGGACCUUGUCAAAAAAUCUGCAGAGAAAACAGUGACAGAGGGGGGUAUAAGUGAAGGAAUGGAGCAGACGGACGAACCGUUUGUGGAGAAAGUUGACGAGGCCAUGCCAGACGUAAAAGAGGUGCUGCUGAGAAAUCUGUUUCCUCCCGGUGAAUGCUGCUUUUGCCAAUCAAGUGGUGGCGUUCGGAUACAGUGUCGCCGAGUGAACUGCGCGCGCGAUUUUUCACGCCAUUUUCAUGCGUACUGCGACCGUCAUCGAGACUGCACUGAAGACAUUGGCGACCUAUUGGCAAAAUUAAUUACGCGCCCCAUACGGUUGCUUGUAGGUCGCGAUGACAUGCGCCGAUUUGGUACAAUUGCAAAACAUUUACUAAAUUACGUCAGCGCUGCUGCUGUGAUGCACGAUUUGGCAGCCUUGAUAGUUGGAUACUGCAAUAAGGGUCUGCGUGCCAGCAAGAAUGAGCCGCCUGAUUAUAACGUGAAGCACCUCCAGGUACUUCAGUUCUUCUUGAGUCACGUGCCACAGCUUGAAAAAGUAUACGCACUACCAUCGACGCCUAUACAAGAUCUCGUUAAUGACACGAAGCUAUUUCGUCGUCUCGAAAGGACGUUCGAUCCACUGAGAUACGUGGCCACGUAUCCUGGCCCACUCAAGAAGACAAAUCUGCGAUCCCGCAUGUUCAGCACUGGAGAUAAUGGCGUACGAAAGGAUAUUGCGCUACCCAAGGGCCUCUCGAGUAUGACAGAUGAUAUUAUUUGCGGUGUAUGUCGUGCCCCAAUUGAUGCGCGUGGUCUCAUCGCAUCUUGUAAGAAAGCAAAAAGUUUGGAUUUUGAGAAGAAGGAAAGCAAAUUUGUUCAGAGCGGUUGCUACAUCAACUCUGUUGGUGCCAAAGGAUUCUCUUAUGGAUAUAAUGCGUCGUCUCGCAAACCGGCGAGACCGACUGAUGGUAAAUCUAAUGGCAGCUCGACAGUACAGCACGCAGUGGCUCAACAAGCCUUGGGGCCUCCGAAGAUGGAACGGAUUAAUGUUCAGCGCACGACGAGGUGGCUUGCUUGCGUGGCUCAAAUCAUACGUCUUGUUGGGGCUCCAGCUCCCGCAGCUUCGGCAGAGGUGAUUAAGGCCCCUUCACGCUCAAGCAAUCUUGCUACGAUUGAAUCCCUGAACAAUGGUGCUGCCACGUCCGCUAUUACUGCAGCGUCAGCUUUCAAUCGUGCGACUGACUCAAUUGGAGCUGUUGAGACCAAGUCAUCAUCGUGUACACCAACGCCUGGUAGCUCUGUGAUUGAAAAAGCUACGCGUGAGGACAAGGAUUCAUCGGAGAUUAUGUCGAUAGUCGGAAGAUCUCUGUCACCUGCUACUAUCAGCGCCACCACGUCGUCAACUACGCCGUUGCCAAAAUCAAUAGCAAAGGUAACACCAUCCCUCGUGACGCCAGCUGUACAAGGACUUUUUAACGAAUUGAUACGUCUCGUACGUCCGUAUGAUUCGUACGCGCUUAGCAAGUUGGAGACUGCGUACGAUAUGCUCCUUCACCGAAGUGGACCUGGUGUCGCUGUGUUGCGUAUGUUUACGCACGAAUACACUCGUUUUGUGUAUAUUAAGCACACGCGUGCCGUGGAAAAGGCACGCCAUGAGAAACGUAAACGUGCAGAGCACGAAGCACAGGAGAAUCGCGAAAAAGAACGCAAUCGCAUGAGCCUUGAGACAGAGCGAGCGCUCAAGAACCAAAUGCUGGCAAUGCGCGACAAACAGCGACAACAUCUCAAGGCCUCGUCGUUAAAGUAA